AUGAUGCAAAGCUCUUCGUCGGGUCUAUUCGCUUACUUGUAUGCUUUGGGGGACUUCAUUUCAAAAUACAUUAAAAUCAAAAUCUUAAGCUUCUUCAAUUAUGGUUUUGAAGUGAGGAAUAAGAAAGAUGCAAGGCUCGUUCAUUUGAAGGUUGAUCAUAUAGAAUCUGCUACUUUGGAAAACAAUGGCAUUAAUCCAUGGGACACCUCUACUAUGAAUGACCUUUUGAAGAAGAUAAAUCCUUUAAUGAGGAAAUUUGAGGGGUACUGUUCGAGCACUAAACCUUAUACAGGAAAAGUGGCCUUAUCCACUUUAAAGAAUGCAUCAAAGAAUAAAGUUAUAGAGAUUGGUGGAAUGAAGUACCGCAUCAAGGGCUGUGCCGGACAGGGUGGUUUCGCUCAAAUAUACAAGGCAAAUGUCAACAGCGAUUCUGAUAAUGCUGUGGCACUAAAGAUUCAAAAGCCAGCUUUCUCUUGGGAAUUUUACAUGUACCGUCAGCUUGAUCAGCGCAUUUCUGGCAGAGAAAGGUCAAGCUAUGGUUUUGCUCAUAGAGUUCAUAUCUUCUCUGACUGUAGCAUACUCGUCUGUAACUAUUUAGCUCACGGGACCCUACAGGACGUGAUCAACUCAGAUGUGGCAGUAGGGAAAUCCAUGGAAGAAGUAUUGUGCAUUUAUUACACAACAGAAAUGUUGCACACGAUUGAAACUUUGCAUAAUGUUGACUUACCAAAAAAAAAAAAAAAGGAAAAGAAAAGUCCUAAAGGAAAAGUGACUAAAGAAUCUCUUAAUGAUUACAAACUAACAUAA